AUGGAGGGGGUGAUGCAGGGGAUGCAAGCAUACGGAGCGGGGAAGGCUGGAGGAGCCUUCGAACCUUUGACGUUCUUUCAACAGCCUCAAACUAUCCUUCGGCUUGUGUGCUGGCUCUUCUCCAUCGUGAUCUUUGGCUGUAUAGCCAACGAGGGCUAUGUGAACCGGCCUGACGAGAUUGAGGAGUUCUGCAUCUUCAACAGGAACCAGAAUGCCUGUAACUACGCCGUGGGGAUGGGCACCCUAGCUUUCCUAAGUUGUGCUGCCUUCCUGGCCCUGGAUGUCUACUUCCCCCAGAUCAGCAGCGUCAAGGACCGCAAGAAGGCUGUGCUUGCUGACAUCGGAGUGUCUGCAUUCUGGUCAUUUGUCUGGUUUGUGGGGUUCUGUUUCCUGGCCAACCAGUGGCAGGUUGCCAAGGAGGAGGACAACCCUUUAAGGGAGGGCGCGGACGCAGCCCGAGCCGCCAUUACCUUCGCCUUCUUCUCCAUCUUCACCUGGGCGGUGCAGGCCUUCCUGGGCUUUCAGAAGUACAAGCUGGGGGCUGACUCGGCCCUCUUCUCCCAGGAGUAUGUUGACCCUACCGCCGACCCCAACGCUGCGGCCCCCAUGGGCACUGACUACACGGGCUACACCGCCGACACUGACCCCGCGGCCAGCACAGAGCUAGCCUUUGACGGCUCCACUGGCUACCAGGGCCAGGAGUACUGA